AUGCGGGACUGGAUCACACUGCCGAAACAGUGGCUCACGCCCGUUGACCCAGUUCUGUCCCUGUGGGUGCGGACCUUCUUUCAGAGGCACACUCGGUUUGUGCCGGACAGCGAUGGAACCGGGGGCGCGGUUGACAGCUUGGCGCGCCUCGUCUUCGCAGAUGAUGCCCAGAGAGUUGAAAACGCAGAUGACCAGAGUGUUGGCCAACCGCUCCACGCGGUUUUUCGCCCCGGCGCGUCGCCGGAUGCGCUCCGAGCGCAACAAAUCGGCCUGUACCACCUGGAGUUUCUUUCGAAGAAAGGCGAAUUGCUUGUGAGCGAAGAGAUCCACGGUCCGCUCUACAGUCAGAAAAUAGACGACAGUCCGCACGGUCUCCCGAUCUCAUACCAGUGGCUGCCGAGGGUUAGUAAGCUGCUGGAGCUGUCUUCUCCACACGAGGCCCAGACGGCGGAUGAUCGCCAGUUCGCUCCUUCUGUACUGCCCGCGUUUGAUCGACCAAACGCGAUUACCGUCGUCGGCCAAUCGGCUCAUCUGCCGCCUCCACGGUCCGUGUUUGUUUCCAGUCAGCACAAUGCAUUUGGAACGUCACCGGCCCGAGAUCUCCAUCCCGCGUUGAAGCGACACAAAGCGGACCGGAGAACGGCACUGCUCAUGGGUGAAGAAGCAUCCCAUUUUCGCCCUGAUUCUAGGGAUGACGAUGAGCCGCCAGUCAGCAGUCUGUGCUCAAGUCAAUCCAACCCGGUUCUGGAAAGAUACAGGAUUCUGGAUAGAACAAAACGCGACUGGAAAUACGAUACCGCGAGUCGGCCUUUGUACCACGUGGUCGCGUUUCCCGAGUGGCCUGCAGCUUCCUCCGCAAGUUCCCGGCAGGCCGGGGGACCAGAUUCAUCAUCUCCUGCGUCCGACGCAACUACAGCCGGAACACCUACGCCGAAUAAAAAGCACGUACUCUUCCGAGUCACUCCCGCACACCAACAUCAAGAACGCGACACUAGUGCAACAACAAGAGAAUCAACUACCCGUACUAGGCUUCUGUCAGGCGAUCCGGUCACAGUAGCUAACCAGCGAGAGCUGGAUAAACUGCUCGACUUGGUUGCAGCGCAACCGACGAUUCCUCCCCGCGACGCGGCUGGAAACCCCAUAGAUGGUGCCGAUGCAGUGGCUGAUGUUCAUCCACCUCGUCCAGCUAGUGACACUAGGAGGAGUCCACAGGUUGCUACAAUUCAACUUUCCUCAGAUUCUGCUUCCGCGAAUGCAGCACCCGAGUCUGCCCGCUUAGACCAGGGCUUUCUAGCGCCGACGCCCGUACUCUCCCUGAAGUUCAAGUGCGCGGACGCCGGAAGUCUAGGUUCCUUCUCUGCUCUCGGGAUGAAUGACACUGGCGACGCUCGAAGACAAGAACUCUCGACGAAUGCUCCGCUCGUGCGAAGCUGUGCCACGCCUUCUGCCUCGAAAAAUGCGAUGUUUCGAAAUCCGCGCUAUGUGUUCGAGCGAGCUGGCGGUACUCCACCGAGUGCAGCAGCAGACGAAGAACAAGCGACGGAAAUAGAGGAGUACCACCUACUUGUGGACAAGCAGCCGACACUCGACGACUUUGUGGUGCUGCACGCGUUCCCCGAGGGCGUUCUCGCGGCGCCACUGUCCUUAGACGAAACCGUAAAAACUCCGCAGGCCGGGCACGAUCCCUUCGUGGAUUGGCUUUUGGAACAAAAACAAACAAGGUCCGAAACAAGAAUUACACCCAGAAACGAAGAAAGCCAAAGUAUCAGUUCAGCGAGUAGCGCAAGAACGACGAGCGCCGGCGUUGCACCGGGAGAGGUGUCGCAAGCAAGCACAGAAACAGGUCCGGGAGGCAGCCCUGGAGGAGAGCAGCAUCCUGCAACAUCUUCUACGCUUCGGGCGUUCGGCGUCGUUGCAGCAGCUCCAACUGGCGCUGCACAAAGGAACGAUCUUCCCCUGGCACAAGAACCCCGUGUGACCGGGGAAGCGUUCGCUUCACUUCUGGCCGCACCAGAAGAAGCCGUUGCCGCAGUGGAUGCCGGGCUUGCUGCAGCAACGGAAGAAGCCGCAGCCGUUCCUGUUUCUCGAGAACUACAGCCGUUUUUCGUCAAAGACCUGUUUGCCCACGAGCUAGCGACCGACGCACUGGCCGGGAAGCCUUCCCAUCGCACCCAGUACCCACUAGCCGAACUACCAGAAUGGUGGCAGAAUGACCCUCGUUUCCGGUUCCCUUCCGAAAUCAAUUCUAUGCGUGACACUCGUCCUAAAAAUAUGCGUGACGACCACCUGAGUCGCACACCGUGCGUUAGUUCCGGCUACUGGCUGGACCUCGCUCAUCUUGGUUUCCGGGACAGCAGCGGACUGCAAUUGCUGCCUCUCAGCGACUCGGAGAAAAGUCAGAUGACAAAAGUCCAGCAGUACCGUCCGCACGGCCUGGUGUUCUUGCACCAACUGACAGUGGACCUCGUAGAGGGGCCUUGGGAAGAUGAAACAAUACCACUAGAUGAAGAUUCCGAGGAGGAGCAGGAUAUCAAAUGCCAAUGCGUCCGGGUCUCCUGGAAGGGUGGUGCAGACGUUUGUCAUAUUGUUCGUAUUCGGUUACCCGAAACUUCUGGCAUGCAAGCUCGUACACCAUCAUUCAAAAUUGCACGUUUAUUCACGAAGGCCUCUCAAUGCCUAAAAGUAGAAAUCCUCACGGCACGAACGCUCAUCUCUUGCUGACACGAUACCAGCAACAGCAACUUUUCCUUUUGCUGUGGAUGCAUGAAAGAUGAUCUUCGUGCGAUGUAAAAUGCACCGCCUUCCAGACGCAGACGUAUUAUUUGCACUGCAUUCAUCUCCAAGAAGAAGAACAAUCGGAGCAGGAGGGAGACGACCAAAGUAACGUCUCUGCGUAUGAUGAUUAUGAUGAUGAUGAUGCUGCCUCUGAGAGAACCUUUGGCGCUGACUCAGUAGUGAGUGGCUCUGUGGAAAUGCGUUUGAUGCGUGUCAAGGUUCGCGGGUACUUUGACGUGCACUUUUGGGUCGAAGGCUACUACGAUGAGGGGGCACCGCCUGCAGCAAAAAAUUCUCCUGCUGAGUGCCCGACGACGUAUCCUAACCAACCUGCCAGACCAUCUUCGGAUGAUCAUCUUCAUCGAAAAACUUUCGUAUGCCAGCGUGUGCUGAAAUUCCUAUUUCCAUGGAGCCCGCCGGAGGAUGAUGUUUAUGCACUGCGGACAUGUCUGGGUCUGAUCAGAUGCAAGUUUGUCAUGCUGGCUGUGGAAAUCGAUGAUUUUUAUCCUGCGCGAGGUAUGGCCUCGGUCUAGAAAAGGCCCAUCCGUUCGGUCCUUCGUAGAUAGUCCCACAUCGGGGCUCGCCAAUAUGUAUAGGCGUGGGGAUACCCGGUCGGCAAAGAGCACUACAGCCGCUCAACCGAUGAUGAUGAUGAGCAGCAAGAAGUGGCCAUGUAUGUUCUUCUUGAUCUUGUUUCCGUUUAUUAUAAGAAAAAGCGAUUACUCAUAUUUUGAUUUUCUCGUGAUCGUGUGUGUGGCAAGUGGGCAUGAACGAAGGGUGUUUUCGAAGCCUUUUGCUAUGUUUCUGAGCGCAUCACAGAUGACCAUUGCCACCUGCGUGUUUCGAAACCUGCAUCAAAAAGAACCGCACUGGUCCAGACUAGGACAUUUUUCCACCUGAUCAUUUUGUGCGGCCCAACGAACUGCCUAUUGAUGUUGCGAACGAAUUGCGGGACUCGGUCGACGCAUGGCGCAACGAGAAGAACGUCCUGUCGAUACCUUUUUUGUGGGCGAACCGUGUGGACAAGAAAUACGAGCGCUGGUGGGAUUAUUUGCGUUCGCGCAGCGAACAGGGAGACUGGGACCGGUGGCUCAACGCCGAAUAUUUCACACCGGGGGUAAGAGACAUGACCGACGGCGCAACGCUAAGUUUCAAAAAACUCGCUGGCCACCGGCAGUGGAGGUGCACCUUUCCGGGCCGCAGAAUGGAGGUGUUGCAGCGGGCGACUGACCAAGGCCACGACAUCGCGGCUGCAGUGGACGGAGCGCCCGUAUCUUCUGCUCCCUAA